ACAUCUCAUUGUCCUUUUCUUCCCAGGCGGUGUUUUCGUGAUCGAGCCUUUGGACUACGAAACGGCACAUGAGUUUUAUCUAACAGUGGAGGCUACAGAUGGAGGAACGCCACCGCUCAGCGACAUGGCCACAGUGAACAUUAACCUGACUGAUGUAAACGACAACAGCCCCAUCUUCAACCAAGAUAUUUACUCUGCUGUGAUCAGCGAAGACGCAGAACUGGGAAAGACCGUGCUCACUGUCAUGGCUGAUGAUGCAGAUGGUCCAUCCAGUAAUCAGGUGCGCUUCUCUAUCAUUGAUGGCAAUCAAGGCAGUCCUUUCACCAUCGACCCCAUUAGAGGAGAGGUCAAGGUGGCCCGCCAGCUCGACAGAGAGAAGACUUCAGGUUACACUCUGACUGUGUUGGCCUCUGACAAUGGAAGCCCGGCUCGUUCCAGCAGUGCUACAGUCAACAUAGAUGUCUCAGACAUAAACGAUAACCCACCUCUGUUCUCUCAAGCAAACUACAGCAUCAUUAUACAGGUCUGAUUCCUCAGAGGAGACGAUACAGUGAUUUCA